AUGGAAAAGGACCAUCUGGCUGGUGCCAUGGCUCUGAAAGUGACCCCCGUGCUGCUGCUGCUACUGGCUUCUGCACUGGUGCUGUUGGGAGCAUCAGCCAGCCAGGAGCAGUAUGAGCGGUUCCUCCUUCAGCACUUUGAUGCAAAGCCCAAGGGUCGUGACGACCGCUACUGCAACAACCGCAUGCGCUACAUGAUGAAGGAGGACAGGAGGAGGGACAGAAAUCCUGGGCCAAAAGUCUGCAAGGAGACAAACACCUUUGUCCAUGGGAACAGCGACGAUAUCAAAGCCAUCUGCACUAGCCAUGGAGGCAGGAACUAUGUAACCAGAACUGGCCAGGCCAUGCGCCAGAGCCUCAGACCAUUCCAGGUCACCACCUGCACCUGGCAUGGAGGGAAACCCCUCGACAACUGCCAGUACCGGGCGACCCGAGACUCAAGGAUGAUCGUCGUUGCCUGCGACGAGCAUGAGCACCCUGUGCAUUUUGCUGAGAGCCAGAUCUGA